AUGCCUUCUGCUAUCGUGACUGGUGCUACAGGCAUACUUGGCCGGGAAAUCGUACGUGAACUUGGGAAAAGCCCUCAGCAAUGGCCUACAGUGUAUGCACUUUCUCGGUCGAAAAAGGAUGAGUGCCCAUCGAAUGUGAAGCAUAGCCACAUUGACCUGGGGAGUUCUGCGAGCGACAUGGCAAGGGAACUCAAGGAGCAAAACGUCUCUGGCGAGUACAUCUUCUUCGCUGCAUACCUUCAGAAAGAGUCACAGGAGGAGCAAACCCGCGUCAAUGGAGACAUGCUCGAAAACUUUCUCCACGCCCUCGAGAUCAACGGAACAGCCUCGACCGUGAAGCGCAUCGUCCUCGUCUGCGGCGCAAAGCAAUACGGCGUGCACCUCGGCCGGCCCAAAAACCCCAUGGAAGAGUCCGACCCCUGGCUGCCGGAGCCGCCCUUCCCACCCAACUUCUACUACCGCCAGCAGCGCGUGCUGCAAGCCUUCUGCCUCCACCACAAGAACAUCUCCUGGACCGUGACCUACCCCAACGACGUCAUCGGCUUCGCGCAGGGCAACUUCAUGAACCUGACGACCAGCCUCGGCAUCUUCGCCGCGCUGCACCGCGAGCUGGGCUCGGGCACCGAACUUCCCUUCCCGGGUUCCGAGGCGUUUUAUACCAUGUUCGACAGCUACACGUCCGCAGCGCUGCACGCCCAGUUCUGCGUGUGGGCGGCGCUCGAGCCGCGCGCCGCGGACGAGGCCUUCAACGUCGUCAACGGCGACGUGCAGAGCUGGCAGGCCAUGUGGCCGCGCCUGGCCCGCCGCUACGGCCUCAAGGUGCCGGCCGACCAGUUCGCGCGCCCACCGGGCACGGAUGCGACGGACGCGCCGCUGGAGCAGACGCCGCCGGUCGCUGUGGUCGCGAAGGAGUUGGGGUUGGAGGGGAGGACGCCGGCGUCAAGGCUGCAGCAGCGGAUCGACCUGGUGAAGUGGGCGCAGAAGGAGGAGGUCAAGGCGGCGUGGGAGAGGAUGGCUGUGAGGGAGGGGCUGGAGAAGGAUGCGUUGCGGAUGGCGACGUGGGGGUUUGCCAAGUUUGUGCUUGGGAGGGACUUCGAUCUGGUCAUCAGUAUGAGCAAGGCGAGGAAGAUUGGGUGGACUGGAUACAAGGAUACGUGGGAGAACUUUGAGGAGGUGUUGGAUGAGUUGGAGAAGAACAAGGUGUUGCCACAAAAGGUCGAAGUUUAG